CCGUGACGCGAACCAAACCAGACCCAACCUUCCAAGUCUCCAACCCACAGAAGGACACCUCGCUCUCCUCCCACUCCACGCCACAGAUCUCUCCCUCUCCGCCCCCUUCCCCUAGCUCUGCACGCCAUGGCCGAGGACGCCCCCAACGCCGGCGCUGAGGACAUCCACCCCGCGCCUACCGAAGCCUCCGCCGACGCCGCUACACCUCCGGCGUCGGCAGAGAAGUCCUCGUCGGAGACGCUGCUCCCGUCGCUCAGCAUCUGGCCGCCGUCGCAGCGCACGCGCGACGCCGUAGUGCGGCGCGUCGUGCAGACCCUGUCCGCGCCCAGCGUCCUCUCCCAGCGCUACGGCGCCAUCCCUGAGCCCGAGGCCGAGGGCGCCGCAGCCGCCGUCGAGGCCGAGGCCUUCGCCGCCGCCUCGGAGUCCGCCGCCGCCUCCCCCACCUCCCUGGAGGACGGGAUCGAGGUCCUCCAGGCCUACUCCAAGGAGGUCAGCCGCCGCCUCCUCGAGCUCGCCAAGUCGCGCGCCGCUGCCGCCGCCGCAACAGAGACCCCCGCGGAACCGAGCGCUGAAGAGUCGGAGGGUUCGUCGGUGACUGCUCCGCCCCCAACGGAGGAGUAAGCGACGGAUAGGCCAGGGCUACCAGCAAUGUAUGUUGACGGUGUUUGUUGGCUUGUGGCUGUCCAUGACAUUGAAGCUAGCUACGGUUGAUGUUGUUGAUGUUUCUUACUUAGUUUCCACAGUCAGUAGGUGCUACUGUUCUUUCAUGGUGGAUUGUUUUCUGGUACUUCUGCAUACCUGGAUCUGUGUCAUAUUCAUGCAUAAUGGUUGGGUGAUAACUAACAAUAUGGAGCUAGAAGGACAUACAAAAAUAGAGGCUUACCAUUGCACUGAGAAGAUA